UAUAUAAUUAAUUUUAUUCUUAAUUAUGUUGUUCCAGGUUGGUGGCAAUAUGAUCAACGUACAAGCCAUGAAUUAGAAACUGCAUACAAACAAGGCAAACGGAAUUGUGAACUGCUCAUAGCAGGAUUUCUUUAUAUCGCCGAUUUUGGAUCGAUGCUUCAGUUACGUAGAAACGAUCCUUCUAGGCGAAGGAAGAUUAAACGUGAUUUGUAUAAUGUUCCAAAAAAGGGAGUUGCAGGCUUAAGAUUAAAUAAUCAAGAUGAGGAAAUUACUAGAGAAGUAAGGGGAGCUGAAAGGCCAGCCAGUCCUGCUAGCGAUGAUAUGGGCACGGGAGAUGGUACAAAUACUCCAGUUCCUCCAAGUAAUACACCACAAACACCAGCUGGUGGAACAGCAAGUGGUGAUGCUACACCUUUAAAUGACAGAAUGGAACAAAGGGACUCUUUACAUCAGGUAUUAGAACAAAUGCGUUCCUUAGUUCUGAGAGAACAUUUAUCUUCAGAUACAGAUGAUGAAUUAGAGGAAGAUGAAGAAAGUGAAUCACCUUCCACUCAUCCUACUUUAUAAUAACAAACAUCUAACAAUUGCUACUCAUAAGAAGAUCAUUUCCUUUUUUCAAAUUUUAAUUUCAUUGAAC